GCGGCCCACUGGCGGCAGCAUGAGCUGGGGGGGGAGUGCGCUCGCUUUUCACUGCAGCUGCAGGGAGCACCGGCUGUCAUGGACCUGCCCUUCCCCUUCCUGCACCUCUCCGUCAUCCAGGUGGAGCAGGGGCGACACACCAUGUGCUCCUUCCUCUCAUCCCUCCGUCUGCACGCCCGCGGUCCCUACGCUGCCCUCUGCG